AAGAACUAGACAACAAGAAAGACAACAUGGCAGACAAUGAGAACGAAACUGAACUUUUAGACUACGAAGAUGAUGAAACCGAAACCACUGCAGAUGGGACUGGUGAUGCACCAGUAAAGAAAGAUGUGAAGGGAACAUAUGUAUCCAUUCACAGUUCUGGAUUCAGAGAUUUUCUUCUGAAACCAGAGUUGCUCAGAGCCAUUGUAGACUGUGGAUUUGAGCAUCCUUCUGAAGUUCAGCACGAGUGUAUUCCUCAGGCUAUUCUGUCCAUGGAUGUCCUUUGUCAGGCCAAGUCUGGUAUGGGAAAGACAGCUGUGUUUGUGUUGGCCACACUGCAGCAACUGGAACCUGUUGAUGGUCAGGUAUCAGUGUUGGUACUAGCACACACCAGAGAAUUAGCUUUCCAGAUCAGCAAAGAGUAUGAGAGAUUCAGCAAGUACAUGAACAACGUGAAGAUUGCUGUUUUCUUUGGAGGAAUGUCCAUCAAGAAGGACGAGGAUGUUCUGAAGAAGAAUUGCCCCCACAUUAUUGUUGGUACACCUGGUAGAAUUCUAGCCCUCUGCCAUUCCAAAGUCCUCAACCUGAAGAAUGUCAAGCACUUUGUUCUUGAUGAAUGUGACAAAAUGUUGGCAGCUCUUGACAUGAGGAGAGACGUCCAGGAAAUCUUCCGCAACACCCCCCAUGAAAAGCAAGUGAUGAUGUUCAGUGCUACACUUAGCAAGGAAAUUCGAGCAGUCUGCAAGAGAUUCAUGCAAGAUCCAAUGGAGGUCUACGUGGAUGACGAUUCCAAACUGACUCUCCAUGGUCUCCAACAGCACUAUGUCAAACUGAAGGACAAUGAGAAAAACAGAAAGCUGUUUGAACUGUUGGAUGUUCUGGAAUUCAACCAGGUCAUUAUCUUUGUGAAGUCAGUGCAGAGAUGUAUGGCUCUGGCACAGCUGCUAGUAGAGCAGAAUUUCCCAGCAAUUGCAAUCCACAGAGCAAUGACACAGGAAGAAAGAUUGUCCCGGUAUCAGCAAUUCAAAGACUUCCAGAAGAGAAUACUGGUGGCCACAAACCUGUUUGGUAGAGGAAUGGACAUUGAAAGAGUCAACAUCGUAUUUAACUAUGACAUGCCAGAAGACUCUGACACUUACUUGCACAGAGUGGCUCGUGCAGGUAGAUUUGGAACAAAAGGUCUUGCUAUAACAUUUGUAUCAGAUGAAACGGAUGCUAAAGUACUAAAUGAAGUACAAGAAAGAUUUGAAGUAAACAUCACAGAGCUGCCAGAUGAGAUUGAUAUAUCUUCGUACAUUGAAGGACGUUGAACACCUAAGAGACUUGAUCUGUGGAAAAUGAAGAAUCAUGAAAUUUGAACAAUUUGCAAAGGCCUUGUCUUUUAUAGGUGGGAGUUAAUCUCCGUUUUCAGAACAUCAUUUAUUUCAUUUUGUAUCAAAUAACAUGCUGUGAAGUUGUACCUUGAGGAAACUUGUUUUUCUCUAAAGAGACGUUAACUCUUUCUAUGAAGAGACAUUAACUAUGAUAUAGUAUUUUGGUUGGUGUAAAUUCACACAGGAUGUACUGUGAUAUGUUUUAGUGUAUGUAAAUAAAGUCAUUUCAUUUUUUUUA